GCCGCCGAGGGCGAAACCUGAACCUCGCAAGCGUGAUGGCCAACCAGGCCAAGUUGGAGCAAACGCAGGAUGUGAAUUCGACAGAAGAAGCAGAACCACCAACUUCUCUGCAAACGGCUGUGUCUCAGGCCAUCUUCGGGAACAAGGCGGCUGAGCACGCGGCGAUAUUGGCAGUGUUUCUGCUGGUCGGCAUUGCAGCCUUCGAGAUUGUUCACCUGGAUUGCACGGGCGUGGACCUCACGACUCCUUUCCGAUUGUUCGACGACGUGCAACGACAACAACUGCAAGCCAAAGAAGGACCUUUCAGCGGAGCAUUGCGCUUGUGGAAGUUAUACUUGACUGAGCGAUGGAAGUUAAGUUUCGUUUGUGUCGGCCUCAUCGUCUCCAUGAUCCUUCUGUCACAAUAUGCCAGCUUGCUUCUGGUAGACUGGGCCGAAAAAUUCUGGGGCCGGCUUUCCGAUUGGAACUCAGCAAAAGAUGGAAUGACGCAUUGGUACCAGCUCCAGGCCUUGUGUACGCAGUUUCUGCUGUAUGCUUUGAUGGCGUUGUUUGCGACGGCUUAUCGGUACUACCUGACAGCCAUGUUCGUUUUGCUGGUGCGAGAGAACGUGACAGAAAGGUACACCUCGAAUUGGUUGUCCGACUUCAGCUCAUACAGGUUGGAGUUGACCAAGGGUCAGGAUGGUGCAGACGCCAGCAAUCCAGACCAGCGAAUUCAAGAGGACGUGCAGGUUUUCAUCUCCAACUCUGUGGAUUUGUCAGUUGGCGCCAUGAACAGCCUUCUCCAGUUUGUCAUGUUCUCCAUCAAGACCUACUCCAUGUCCCCGAAGAACGUCUUCGGCUAUGAGGGUGUGCAUUUUCCAGGCUGGCUUCUAUGGAUGUCUAUCAUAUACGCGAUGGUGUCCACUUAUGUGACGAUGUUGGUUUCCUGGAGGUUGGAGGGCCUGGAAGGCACCAACCAGUGGACUGAAGCAGAUUUCCGAUUUGAGCUGGUGACGGUCAGGCAGCGAGCAGAAACUAUUGCCCUGGCCCGCAGUGAGUCGGUUCAUCUUGGCCGCCUGAAGGAGCGAUUUGGUGUACUGCGGCGAAGCAUUUGGGAGUCCAUGGUGGCACAGAAGAAGUACUUGAUGGUGUCUUCUUUCUUCCAACAGGUGGAGGUCAUGGUGCCAAUUGUGCUGCUGGGCCCUUCUUUUCUGCGCAGCGAGAUCUCCUUUGGCCAGCUGAUGGCAACAAAUCGCUGCAUCAACUUGCUGGCCAGUGCGCUCUUGUGGUUCGCAACAUCAUACCUCUCCGUGGCUCGCUGGAGGGCAAGUACAGGGCGGCUCAUCCGCUUCGAGGAGGCAAUCUCGAAGCAUGUGCAGAGCAAGUCUGGCGGAGUUACCUUCUGCGAGGGCACGCAGCCCAGCCUAUCUCUGAAGUCCCUGACAGUUUGGAAGCCCGAGGAGGCGGAAUCUCCAAAAUCCAGCGGAAAGGGGGACCUAAAGGACCGCCUAUUCGACAAGUUGAGCUUGGAUUUUGAACCUGGGUGCCGAGUAUUGGUUCAUGGGCCCUCCGGCGUGGGCAAGAGCACGCUCUUACGAGCGAUUUCGGGAGCUUGGCCGUUUCCCGAGUCUCAAUUAGCAUGUUUUCUCCUUUCUCUUUGGCCCUGA